UAAAAAACCAGUUCCUCCGUUGGAAGAAGCCCUCAAGCAAAUUCAGGAAUCCAAUUUAAAAUCAGAAGUAAACCUCCUCCCUUCCCACAGACCAACAAUAAAUUGGAGAGCUAUAGAUAAUGCCUUGCCUUCAUCAUUGUCAAAAAAUGGUCACAAGCAUCAGAAACAUCUCUUAUCCAAAAUCAAUUGUGGUAAAGAAAUGAAGGAAAACAACAGGGCAAACUUGGCUACUAACAAAGAUGCGUUCCAGCUUAAACUGGAAGAAACUCAGAAACUCCUAGAAGAUCAGCAUCUAAGCAGUUUGCAAAAAUUUUGUGAUGAAGUUAAUCAAAUAACAAAUUCUGAAACCCUCUCGAGUAUAGACAGUCUUGAGGCUGGGGAACAUGAAGAAAUAUAUUUAACCCUUAACAAGGAGCCUUCCACAUCAAACCAGAAGAAUUUCAUUUCUCUCAAAUCAGUAAAUCCGCAAUCAACUAAUCUAAGCUGCUUUGAUGAAGAUAAACCGUCACUCUCUAAAACUCAGCAUAUAAAUAAUUGGCUCAUAAAUGUAAAUGAUCCAAAUACUCAGACUGUCACACCUUUCUCAGAUAUUUUAAGUAAUCCUAACGUUCUGCCUUCUUGUGAAUGUUUUAACGGUAAAGAAGAAAAUCCACCUGUGGAAAGAGUGACAAAUAGUGCUAAUAAUUCAGGAGCCUUUGUAUAUAGUCCACCCAUAUUUGUACAAGACGGAAAAAGCAAAGAGGUCUCCGAAACUAGCCCUGUGAGGGCAACUGACUCCUCUUCUGGAACAUUCAAAAGGGCGAGACCAUUUGUUACUGAGAGCCCAAACUUUAAAUUCAGCAGAGUCUGGGCCACUCCAGAUAGUCCAACACAGGAAACGGCUGCGUUUUCAGACCAAGGGAGCGAUUCCGAGUUAACACAAGAAAAUAGAACUGCUCCAUUUGUACCUGUGGCAACAUGUAUGGUUUUGCCACGUCAUACGCAGCUGGCUAGGCCUUUACCAAAGAGCAGUCUACAUAUAAAGGAAGUCGAGCCUGCGCCGGGUUCUGGUAAGUUAGGAGAAUUGACCAACGUUAACGGUGAGAAGUUAAAAUACUUCCAUUGUGAUAAGGGAGAGUUGCCUUUGUUUUCAGAUGAUUUCCAAGUUGCCUAUAUACCUCACAACUCUGAUUCAAAUGAUAAAAAACACAAAAUACCCCAAACAUCAACGUCAGUGUCUAACAUGAUUUCUAAGUGUGACUUAGUGGGUCAGCACAAGAAGAUGAAAUACAACAUUCAUGAGAGAAAUGGUGUGAGGUUCCUGAAAAGUAUUUUAAAAAAAGAAUCUAAAUACGAACACAAUUGUUUUAAGGCACUAGUUAUAAACCAUAGCUUUAAGUUAGGAAAUCAAAAAGCAGCAGCUAUCAGAGAUAGUAUUGAAUUAACAAAAGAAAAAGGUACAGAAAUUCCAAAGACUAUUAAAAAACUGAGGUGGUUUGAUGAAACUGGAGAUACAGAAAAAAAUGCUGCAGACCAUCACUCACUGAAGAACAGAACAGAGCUAACUCAGCAGUGGUCUCAGCCUUUCCACGUUCAGACCAAAAGUGGUGUUGCCGGCAACGCAGUUAGAGUUCCUGCCCUAAGCGCUGUAGAUUCUGCUGAUGGAACGAAGCCCGAGGAGGAUUCUGUCUCUGACAAUGUCGCUGCUUUAGGAGAAGCUGGGACAGACCAUGUGCCUCUGAACUGUUUUAUGCCUUCAGGUUAUAACGUUGCUAAACAAGCCUGGCCACCCUCAGAAAAAGAGGGCAGUCAACCCCCUCCGCAAAGUGGCGGUUCUAAAGCUCAGAAAGCAAAUCCACCACAAGGUGGUACAAGAGUAAUGCGAAGAACAAGAUCUGCUCAAGUGCAGUCAGCCUUCGUGUGCACACACAGAAAAGGCACUGUCCUUCGGCCCCAGUCCGAGAGCAGAGCCCACAGACUCUUACAAGCUCAGGGUAGACUGAUUGUGCCUCAUCCUCCUCCUAAGUCUCCGUCAAAUAUUAGGAGUAGUAAAAAUAUACAAGUGUCUCAGUGUCAACCGGUAACACUUGAAGAUUCUCAAGACGUGAUUACAAGUCACUAUUUUCAUUCCAAGCAUGUGCUUCCAACAGAACACAAGUUCAGUCACUGGAAUCAGGAAAGUCAUUUUCCACCCGCAGCUGUUUGUUUGGACUCUGUCACUGUGAUGCCUUCUCUACCGUGUUGUUCUUCUGAGUGCCAAACUUUAGCAAAAAUAAAUGGUUCAGAUGGCACUCAAGUGGUGCCCCAGCAAGGUGGGACUUCACAUUGCACCCACAGACGUCCUGUUUACGAAGAAAGCCAUCCCUCUGUGACUCUGAGAACUGCUCAAGAAGAGUCUGUUCCCUUGUGGAAAAGACAGAAUAAUAUUCCGGGCCAAAAUGAAAAGGCUGCUGAAAAAGAAAAUAUCCAGAAUUUUGGGCAAAGUGUCCAGCCAAGUUCAAGUGAGCCAAAACACACUACGAGGGGUACUUCUGAUGUUGAAGAAGUUUCAGAUAGUACUUCGCAGUUUUUGAUGGCUGAAAGCCUAGUGAAAGCUUCAGUGCCUGAGGAUGAAAUUCUCACUGUCAUGAAUAGCAAGCAGCUACAGAAACCAAAUCUGGCUUUAAAUAAGACCCAGGCAUUCGACAUCUCUGCACUCUCAGCUGGGGAGCAGAAGAUCCUACAGUCCCUCAGUCGUCUCAAUGAGAGCUUAUACUAUGUACAAGAAGCCAUUUGCAAGAAUCCAUCCAUCAAAAACACCUUACAAAUAAUACCACUUCUGGAGACCACCAAAGCUGCCUUGUUUUUGUCAGGACCCUUGUGGUACAGCCUAGUGCUCUCCACGUAAUGGCAGGAAUAUCUAUUCAGGAAUAUUUGUGGGCUUGGAGAUG